UGUUACUGUUCAUUUUCUACACCUUCUAUGGAGCCGUGCGCAAAUUUUUGUUUACAAUUUCUCCGUAUCGUGUGCAAAGGGCGACGUCUCAUUCUAUUUUUGCCACCGUUCAGUCACUGUUGGCAAACUAGAUUUUAUAUUUUGGAGGCACACAGCUCAUAUUGAGAUUGGAAGCUCCAGCUACACAACUACAUACAUUUUGUUAUAAUACAUUUUUAUUAAAAGUUCACAAUUUUGUACUUUUAUCAUGCCUAAGUGUCCAAGCUGUGGAAAGGAGGUUUAUUUUGGUGAGUAAAAUAUUUGUUUAAUAACAAAAUAAAAGAUACUAAAUCGAUAUUUUAAACCGAAAAUAAUUUAUAAGUAUUUUUAGAAAAUAAAUAUAAUUUGAACAAAUGUGAUGUUGGUUAAUCAUUUUUUAAUAUUUUUUUUUGGCGCAACAAGCCAAAAAGGCGGAAAUACAACUUAAAAGUACGUUCAUUUAUUUAUUUUUAAAAAGUUCCUUCGGGUCUACCAAUUAUUAGUAGCAUGAUUUGCUGAUUAUUUAAUUAUUUUUAUAUAAGUUGGAAAACAAUCAUCUCAUUUGUUUGCAAAUUUGAUGAUUUUCACUGCAUCAAAUUCCUCUAAUCAGCAAAAUCACGAAUAUCAUUGCGUGCAGAGUGCCAAUGAAAGAUAGCAAAGUUUGUUUGGGGUGUUUUGCAAAUGUUGAUGCUACAUGUCCCUCAUUUCUCCGAUCUUUCGUAUAAUUGUAGGUCCCGAAGGACUCAGUUUACUAAAUAAAUUAGUCUCAUUCUACGGAAGCGUAAAUGUGGGGAUUUAUUAAAUUCUCCUUAUACGAAUGAGGAUGGGCUGUCAAUGCAGGCCCUUGGCGUGACAAAUGGAUUUAAGAAAUAUUGGGCUGGUGCUCAUGAUUCACAAAAAAGACUUUGCCCAGUUUCUUGUGUGUAAACCACUCAACGUAUAUUGGUGACUACAGCAACCUUUAUGUGCAUUUCCAGGGGUACUCGUUCACCAUUUACUGCCCGAGUAUCCGAAUGGCAGCCAGGCGGGCCCGAUUAAGGUUACCUGGCAGGCUAAAUAUGGGAGCCACCGGGGGGGGGGGGGUAUUUUAAGCCCACUGCCUGUCCCGGCCUAAGGGUCUCACCUUUAUUUUUCCAAAUACAAGUAAAAGGGAUUCAAAAGGCGGGCCCGAUUAAGGUUACCUGGCAGGCUAAAUAUGGGAGCCACCGGGGGGGGGGGGUAUCUUAAGCCCACUGCCUGUCCCGGCCUAAAGGUCUCACCAUUAUCUUUCCAAAUACAAGUAAAACGGAUUCAAUACGUUGUCAGAACUUUCUAAUUAUUUGUUCCACGUCCUGCACCAUUGGAAAUCAGCAGCUUUUAGUCAAGAAUAUGUCCGUGGUGGGUUGAGGCACCGCAUUUGUUAUAAAACCUACACAAGAGUGUAUCGUUUGUAAUUGUGAUACAACUGUCAAUAAAUAAAAGAGCACCUGCCACACUGAAAGCCAUUUUAAGACAUGUUCUAAUGUCAGAUUGGUUGGUGGGAGUGGUUCUCUGAACAAUUGCCCCCUACUCUUUCUAUAUAGAUAUGGGACUAUGAUAAGAAGAUUGCAUUACGAUUAUUUGUUUCAUAUCACACAUUGGCUUCAUUUAAAUUUUCCGCCCAUGACCCAAACGUGGGUUCAAUUGAUCAUUAAAAUUAACGUUGAACGGGAAUCCGGGACUCUCAAACCAUCAGUAUUCUGAUGCCAUCUUGACGUUUUAACCAAAGAUAUUAGGAGGAUGACUCAUUUAAUUAGUAUGAACAAGGCAGGCAGGUGGUAAGUGGCGAAAUGUGGCCGGCUGUAUGACUUGGUCAAACACAAAACUGAGGUUGUGGUUUUAAAACAGGUCAGGGGGCAGGUGGUAGACAUAACUUGCGCUUACCAAUCGAUGGUGGCUAUGUCAACCACACACUCCAGAUGUUUUAUAUGAGUAAGCCAACAGGAAUGCCAUUGACCUAAUUAUAAACUACACAUAAAGACUUCACAUCGCUCGUGACAACUCUUGAUAAUUAUGUACACUAGAGUUGCAGGCCCUACAUUUUGGCGUAUUGAAUGCGGACCGGUUUUUGUUGUAUCAAGUAUACAGCAAGGCAGCGAAGUAGGAACCGUUACUCUUUACUCCAGUGUCAGGCACUGCUAGAUAACUUUAUGUUUCAUAACUAGUGUAUCCUUACCCUGCAUACUGCGACGACGUAACCCUUCAGCCGAUGUUUAUGACUGAGAGAGAAAACUUUGCCAGAUCUCCUCGAUCUGAAUUUUUUUAAAAUAGAUAUCCGCACUCAGGCUCAGGAGAUCGUUAAUCAGUUCCAACUUAACUUUAACUUGAAUCUGACAAGAUAACAUCCGACUGGUGUUUUGGGGUGAAUAAAGAUACCUUAAGUAAGGGACACCAUUGGGUCUCUGUUGAAAUAAAUGCAAUAUUUAUUCAAAACAGUGUUUAAAUCUGGAGAUAAUUCCGAUGGGGAUCAAGAUUGAAAGGGUAUAGUAUAAAAUAACGAUGGGCAAUCAAGAUUGAAAGGGUAUAAUUAAUACAAAGGACAAUCUAAAAUCAAGAUUGAAAGGGUAUAAACAUUACUGUGGCCAAUCAAGAUUGAAAGGGUAUAAUAAUUACGGUGGGCAAUAAAUAUUUAAAAGGUAGGCUGUAAUAAUUAUGAUGGGCAAUCAAGAUCGAAAGGGCAAAACAAAAAUGAAAUGGUGAGUUAUAGUCUGCUUUUUUUUUUUACUUUAAAAUACACAAUCUUUCAAAUCUUUGAGCAUCACCAGGUCGUCAGAUUGGUCGUCAGAUUGGUCGUCAGAUUGGGCCCAAGUCCAGGUAGAAAACCGUAUGACCCCAAAUGAAGAGCUGCUGUUUGUAGUUUAAUCUUUAAUUUCGGACGCCCGUCAUCGUGUUUCAAAGAGAGCAGAAACUGUCGAGAAACUGGGGUCUAGUAUUUCCCCUGGUCGUGCCUAUCAAGGCAAACAAUGGAGCGAGCCAUUUCGCACAGAAAGGUUUUAGUACUGCUGCAUUCCAUUUGGCGAAGCGUUCCCAAAAAGUGCCUUGAUCAUGAGACCACGGUAGGUUGGUGAGCUGGGUUCGUUCGCCUGGGUCAGGGGCAUUGGCGUCCUAAUCAUAGGUCAAGGGGGGGGGGGGUUCGGAUAGUGGGGACCCCCCCCCCCUGAAGGGAAUAAAUUACCCACGAUUGUUGAGUGAAAAAAAUAAACGAAAUCAACACAACCAAAAAGGGUCAGGGGGAUUGGGGUCCUUAUCACAGGGCCAGGGGGGGGGGGGUUCGGAUAGUGGGGACCCCCCCCCCCUCCCUGAAAGGAAUAAAUUACUCACGAUUGUUCAGUGAAAAAAAUAAACGAAAUCAACACAACCAAAAGUGAAAUUAAUAAUUGAGUAGUACGUGAAACUGUGGACAACGUUAAGACCAUAUAAGACAUAAUAUUAAAACACUAUACCAGAGUCCUCUAGUUUUAAUGACUUAACUUACUAUCCAGCUAAGUCUCCCCACCAUGACGGAGAAAAUAAUCCUUCCAGGGCCUCAUAACCAGUCGCUUGUUCUUUCGCAAAGGUUCCCUAAUCUCUGCAGCAUUGGUGUCACUGCAUAGUCAGGGGCGUACCGCGGGUGUAUGGUGCCCUAUGGCACCAAAAGAGUGCACCAUUAUCAAGCUUGAGAAACCUAUCACACAAUUAAGAUUUAUCCUAAAGUUAACUAAAAUAUGCAAGCAAACCAGAUAUGCGUGAAUCAUGUUAUCACAUUCAGUACGGCUGAACUGGCUUUGAAUAAGCAAAAAAGAAACUCAUUGUUUUAAAGUCUUUAAGUCUUUGUUAGGCUCGUCGAAUUUGCGCCCCCCUUUCACGUGGCGCCCACGGCGUGGGCCUUGCCACACCCUUGGUAGGCCUCUCUGCAUAGUCCUACACAUUGUAAUCAGGGUAGAGACUGCAAUCAGGUUAGCACAAUAUAAAAUGAGUGAAACAAAGUAAGGGUUAAACCUGAAACCUACACACAUUGAUCGAUUUUAAUCGAUAGAAUGCAUGAAGCUGUGUUGCCAGGUGCCUUUUGGGGCGUUGAAAUAGGAGAGACUGGCGUCGUGAGCCCCCACAUAUGACAUACAGAUUACAGGCCACUGCCGAUGUUAUAGUUUUUCAAAAUGAAGUUUAGUAUCUCAUUUUGUCAAAACAUUCGUAUGUGACACGGGAAGGGGUUCUGAAAAGAUCAUAGUAAUCCCUCUCUACACAAACACAUACACACUGUUGGUUGUUUUCACGAACAUCGCGUCUCUGCGCAUUUUUAUUUUGAUGGAAAUAUUGUGUAGCGAGCCAAUGAUUGAGACCGUCUGAGGGAAAAAAAAAUGUGUGGGGGACUAGUGGGGACUUAAGUAAGGCGGGAAAGUGCAUGACGUGAUCUUAACCUCGUUUUUUGACCCACUUAACUUAUCUUGAUACAAGGACAGGCCUCAGCCAUUACAGUAAAACCUCGCCUAAGUGCACACCACUGAAACGUUAGUCCCGAAAGUUGCGCAUUGGUGCACAGUGCAUGGUCUCGUAGCUGGUUUAUCUGGUUUAUGGUGCCCACCAAUCAAUACGAUUUAUAUUUGAUAGUGAAAACCACUUGUCCAAGCAACGCCAUUAUGCCGAAUGAUUAAUGUCAAAACAGCCCCCUUAAGUUGUGUACGAAAGGCGAAAAGCAAAGGCUCACCAUUGGAACAUGAAACUUAAAGUAAGACAAGAAUUCUUAAGUCUAGUUAAAUGAAGCGUUAACUUGGGCUUUGGGGGGGGGGGGGGGGGGGGGGGGGCGGGGCUGGUGGAUUUUGCACAGGGAAUGUGCUGAGAAUUAAAAACACGGAGCAGUUUGGUCGAAAGGGCUGUCAUGAAAUAAAUGUCCCAUUAAGCAUUUCUUUUCUUUUAAAGUCUUUACACUAAACGGUGUGUCUUGGUGUCUCGCAUUGGCCGCUGUUUGUUUACGGGGCGUAGUCUUGUUUGACUCAGAAUAACGGAAGUGGUGUUUGGAAAGAGAAUUCUGCAGGGAUUUCAUUUGUGUGAACAGUGGGGGCAUUUUAAUAGCUAAAAAUGGAUUUUGAAUUUUUUCAUUUUUUUUUUUUUUAAAUUUCUGUUAGUGCUAGCGAAGCUGUUAAAUGUGAGGGAAAGAAUUGACACAAUGUUAAGCUUCGGGUUGAAAUUAUAAGAGAAUUGAAAUCUAUUGUCAAUGGCGGGUUUUUCCUUAGGUUUAAAUUGACACAAUGUUAAGCUUCGGGUUGAAAUUAUAAGAGAAUUGAAAUCUCUUGUCAAUGGCGGGUUUUUCCUUAGGUUUUCCCCCCCCCCCGAUUUUCUUAAAGACAUGGUUCCUUGGAGAAAGGGCGUGGUUUCAUAAUGAAUCAUGGGCGCGGUUUCAUAAUAAAUCAUAGGCGUGUCUUCGUGUUUCUUUUAUGGACCACAUGAGUUCUCUUAUUGGAGUACCCUUUACUAUUUUAAUAUAUUUAUAUAUAUAUAUAUAUGUAUACAUUUAUUUAUUUAUAUAUAAAUAUAUAUUACUGUUUCUAUAUUUCUAGUAUCCACGGAUAUUAGCAUUAAAUCAUGUUUUCUCCGUCUGUGACGUUGUCAAUGAUGGGUUUGUUUGGUCGGCAGUGGAGAGGGGGGGGGGGAGAGAGAGAAGGGUAGCAAUCGCAAUGUGACAGAAAAUUUGAUUUUUGUUUAAAUUUAAAAAAAAAAAAAUUAAAUUGCCAUAUAUUAAAAUAUCACGAUGGGGUAUCAAUGAGGAUAAGCAUUUCGUCACCCUAAUCACUGUCUAUGAUAUGGUGCAUUGUAAGGGGUGUGCAAUGUGACCGUUCACAAGUCAAAAUGCUGCCGAGACAACUUUAUGUGAACGAGCCCUGACAGAAAAAUCAUGGAAUUACACAUGUUCGAUAGAUGCCACCUUGGCAGCUUAUCAUCGUUGGGUAUAUUGGCAUUGUAUUGGUGGGAGAUACAAGGUAAAAAAAGGCCUGUCAUUAUAUGGGAUUUUAUCCAGGUAAACAACAUUAUCUGAAAAUGGAAUAUUCGGGGCCCAGCAUGGUAAGCUCAUCAGCCUCAUCAUCAAGUAAUAAACAUUGUUCAAACAACGCGUAUCGAUAAAUGCCCCAAGCACGCCUUGAACUCCAAUCCAUAAAUAGUUGUAAUCCAGGUCAACAGUGGCAUGUUAGCUUCCUCGAACUGUGAAGACUGCCUCCUGUAUUGUUUCGUAUUUUUGUCGAAAAACAAAAGACCUGGCAAUAUAAAGGAAAAAAAAAUUGUUCGAUUACAGAAAUGUAGGCCUAUGUCAUAGUAUCAGUUUUCCUAUGCAAUUGGGUCGAUGAAUAAGUCAGGGGUUCUAAAAUUGUUCAACUCUGGUGACAAGAUUUAUAAAGGAUUUGAUAUCAAUUUUUCUGAUUUACUUAUUUAUUCGUUGGAUUAUUUAUUUUAUUUUUGUUAAACCUAAAAAUGCUUGAAAUGACCUUUUGGAAAUGGUCAAAUGAAAAUAAUUUAAUUUGGCAUGAUUUUUUUUAAAAUCCGUGGUCGUGCUCUUACACUGAAUGGUCUCCAUUCGUGUGCUGGUCAAAAAAGCAGCAAAAAAACUGCUGCUCUAUAAUCUAAAUUAGUGUGUGCUAUUAGCACUGCUAAUGAGGCAAAGAAACACUUUAACAUCCAUCCAUCCACCGGGCCACUAGGUGGUGUUACACGCGUGCUCGCUAGAGGUGCUCGGUGUGAUCUUUACGAGGUGGAUGGGGGCGCGAGGGCGCAGACCACACCGGGUGACAUUAAAUUAGAGGGGUUGACCACCCCAAAAACGGCUGUCUCUAAAGGUGUAGCAAAGACAAAAGAACAUUUUCUGGACUCUGGUAAGGGAUGAGAUCCAUUGAGGUGGGUGUGUCUUCAUGAGUUGUCGAACUUUGGUGACGCCUACCCCAGUGACGCUAUUGACCGUAGUCACCUACUUGUACUUGGCCAUGAAUCCACUCCCCACCACUGAAUCAUUUGGCGGGCGUCAAUUCGCCAUAAUGCAACAUGAUGGUGAUAGAUUGAGUCCCGGUGCUUGGGUAGCGCUUGUGGCCGAGCUGUUUUAGCAUGCUCACGGCGCUCUGGUCUCCUUAAAUCUGUUUAAAGAAAAAAAUCCUAAAAUGUUUGUUUUUUUUGUUGAUUUUUUUUUUGAGGCAAUCUGUUCCACCAGACGAAGCAUGUUGGCCACCAUCCUGCAAUUUCUAAAUUAACAUUUAGUUAAACAGUGUCGGAAUCAUUGUGAGAUCCCCGGGCACCUGCCUACUUAAUGUUAUGCAUAAGGAUUCAUUAACGAUUAUAUUGGAGGGAGAUAAUGCAUUGGGAAAAAAAAUCCCCCGUCUUAUUGUUCAACGGUUACUGCCCUUCUUCGCCUCCCCCCUCCCCCUCCCCCCCCCCCUGCGCCUAACGAGGUCUCAUGUUUGUAUAUAUGAUACUAUAUACAUUUUCUUCUGCCUUUGAAUUUAUCAACAUAAUAAGAUAUAUGAACUAUAAAACAUUUAUAUAAUCAGAAGUUAAAAAAAACACACACAAAAUAUGUAAAACGGGCCGAAUGACUGCUACUCCUAGGUCUACCUCUGGCUACACGACCACUAUAAAUAAUUAUAAUACAAGACAGGGGCGCAGCCAAGGCUCGGUACUCGGUAUCACCCGGAGCGGGGCCAAGAAUUUAGCCGCCACCUUCCACGGAGAAAAACAACUGCAGUUGGCCGAAAAUGUCCGUCCCGCUUCCCACGCCGCUAAUGGUAGAGGAUAAAAAUUGUUAGUUGUACCACUUGCUAUUCUGCCCCAUUAUUUUUUAUUAAAAUUCGAGACAUGUCUGAUAGAGACCAUAAAUAUACAGGAGCUAAGGUAACAUAUACUCGGCAAACAAAAGGUGUGGGGGGGGGGGGGUCCCAAACUUUUAGAGCUCCGAAGCUAGUAAAGUAGGGUUGCCUGAUUGUUUGCUAGGAUGACAUGCCAAGUUGGAUUAGGUGACCUGACCACGUGAGGCUAUAUUAUAAUUGUGCACGUCUAUUUCUGGGCCAUGUCCCCACUGGUUAAGCUAAUUACAAAUAAAACAGCCAGACAUCGUGUGUGCUUUUAUGACGAAGUCAGAGUUCUAACUAUUCUAACUGUCGAAUCUGUGAGAUGGCGGAUGGAGACAUCCGCUCCAGGUUAAUUGAAUCGAACUGAAACAAGGGCCUAUCAAAAUGAUUACGGACUACAAUAUAUUUUAAAUGUAAAAACCAUGGUACUUGCAAACCAUAUUAUAUAUAGCAAAGCCUUAAUUUCCUUUAUUGUUCAACGUCAAAAAUUCAUACCUUGGGUCUGCAUGUUCUGUACAUAGGGGAUUGCCAACACACAACCAGUGGCGUCACUGUGAGGUUGCGGGAGGUGCGGACCGCACCGGGUGACACAUUCACAGGGUUGUGACACUCACAAGAGUGUGACACUCACAGGGGGUGACACACUCACAGGGGUGUGACACUCUCACAGGGGUGUGGCACACUCACAGGGGUGUGACACUCUCACAGGGGUGUGGCACACUCACAGGGGUGUGACACUCACAGGGAUGUGACACACUCACAAGUGUGUGACAGACUCACAAGUGUGUGACAGACUCACAAGUGUGUGACAGACUCACAAGUGUGUGACUCACAGGGAGUGACACCACAUGAAAAAUCAAAAUAUGAUAGAGUUGGCUUGACUCUGUUUCAUAACAGAACUCAAUUACAUUCCAGAGCAGGUUGCCACCAGAACGGGCAGUCACCAAAGAAGGGUUGCAGCAGGUCAGGGUGUCCCCAGAGAAGGGUUGGGAAUCUCUUUCAUUACUCUCAUUAACUUUGAGUGCCUGUUGCUUUAUGUAAGAGGAUCUUUUCAAAUUUGUCAUGGCAACAUUCCAGGCUUUCUAGUCUAACGGUUUUUUCACUUUAAAGUGAAAAGGGACGAAUGUUGAUUUUUAUGAAGUGAUUGACAGUUUUGAUGAAGUGAUUGAAAGGUUUGAUAAUAUGAUUGACAUGUUUGAAUCUUUGAAGACCAGGAAGAUCAAGUAUUAACUUUGAAUAAUAUUUCAAUGAAAAGUAAUGUUUGAAUAUUUUUUGCACAUGUUUAAUUAACACGUGCUGUUACCGCAAGAAUGCUUUAUUCCUAUGUCUUUUGUUGCUUUAGGCUUUAGGGCUUUAAUUUCCAAAACAUAUUAAGGCCAUUCAGUAUGAUCUGCUUAAGAAUUACUUGGUUCAUGUCGGGGGGAGGGGGGGGGAAGGGGCGUAGGAGUUACGGAAAAAAUUGGGGGGGUGGAUGACACAAUGGGUUUACCGCACCCGUUGGGGCCAAACCGAAUGACGCCCCUGAACACACUCCACCCUUUUGCAGUCCCCUCUUAACCUUUCCACAUGCACAAUCUCUGACUCUGCCUAAAACUUUUACAAUGAGGCCUUAGUGUAUCCUGCAUUGUCUAACAUUAACAAUGUGCUUUUGUGUGUCUUAUCAGCCGAGAGGAAAACCUCAAUGGGCAAAGACUGGCAUCCUGCAUGCCUGAGAUGCGAGAAAUGUAAAAAGACACUUGCACCCGGGAGCCAUUCAGAGGUGGGUUAAAGUCAUAACUAACAGCGCACAGGUUAUGUUAGUGGAAUUUAAAUUUAAGAAAAAAAAAAUCAAUUCCCAAAUACAGAUUUCCAAGUUAAACUCUCUUAACUGUUGUAUCACAUCAUUUAAAUUAAUUAAACAGAGGAAUUUCUGUAGUUUCUAAAUUAUGAUCUUAUAAGACUAAAAUUUGGUGAGUAUGCUCAAUUCUUCAUUGUUGCCCAAAAACUAUUACUGGCAAUUAAUAUUUGAUCGAUAGUAUAAAAAAAAAUUAAUGUGAUUUUGAUCCAUUUUUGUCUCUGAUAUUUGACAGCACGAAGGGAAACCUUAUUGUACAAAACCAUGCUAUGCCUCAUUGUUUGGACCUGAAGGUGAGCCCUUAACAAUAUAAAUAGUUUCUUGUCUAAAAGUUCAUUACAAAUAUUAAUUAUAUGUAAUAACUUGUUACAGUUACAUAAGCCUACAUAUCAUUAGUGGGGGAUUAUGACAAUGUUAUGGUUGAAAACCCUCUUAGGAGAAAAUACUUUUUUUAUGAUUUAGAGUUCUAAAAUAAUUAUAAAAAUAGUAUAAGACUUGAUCCUUAACUUACUACCUGUAUAGUGCACCUCCCUUUAUGAAAAUUCAAUAAUAGGUCUGAAAUAUUUUCAUUAGUUUUAAACUUGCUUAGUUAACAAUUGCAUCACUCAAAACACAUUUAGGCCAAAAUUCUAAAUAUUUAUUAGAUUUGUAAUUGCCACAAUUUAAAAAAAAAAUGUCUACUGAAAUUGAUCUUUUUUGUGUGUGUGUUAGGCUUAAAAUUGGAAGAAAUUAAUUAAAUUUGCAGUUAGAAAAUAAAGCAUAACAUUAAUAGUUUUUUUUUUUUUUAAAUACGCUUAAAUUUACAGUACUUUUUGAUUCAUCAAGAAACAUGUUUAUAUUAAAAUUUCAGUCUCAGUUCAAUCACAUUUUCAUAAUGAUUACAGUAAAUGAACCUUAAAAUGAUAACUAAUUAAUUUAAAUAUCAUUAUUAAAACAUGUGUUUCAUCUGGGUUUUUUUUUUUAGGAUUCGGUCGUGGAGGAACCUCAGGAGAUAAGGCCAUCUAUACCAAGUAGACAAGAAAAAUGACUUACUAAAAUACAUUAUUAUACUAUUUAAGCACCAGUUAUCAUAGUGUUAAACUUUACUACAUUUUUCUCAUAUCAGAUUUCUUUGUACAUAAAAUAAAAGGUCUGUCCAAUGGAGACACUCCAGUUGUGUUGUUCCAGUUGACUGUGUCUGAGGCUGACUCAGUAAUCCAAGACAAAAGUUUAAUGUACAUAAUGAAGCCAAAAGAUUACAUUCCCAUAAAGCUAGAACAAAGUGGAUGUGUGAUCUUGAACAACUUCUACAAAGAUUUUUUUUAAAAAUCGUGAUUUCUGAACUGGUGCUUCUCAAAAAUAUUUUUUAUUCCCAGGUGCUUUUGUGCCAUUUAAACAAAGCAAAAAAAGUUAACAGCGACAAUAUUUGAUGUAACAACCAAUAAUAAAAUAGUUGGAAGCUGUAUAUUUUUUCCCCCCACCACCUACAUACCAAUGUUAAAUGUUUUAACUGUAUAAUAUAUGUGUGUUUCUCGAGUUUUUACAUUUCAAUUUACCUCUAUCAAUAAAAUUCUAAAGGCAUUUUUUUGAAGAAACGGUAGCAAUCUUUAGUUCUUUUCAAACUGAAACCUAAAUAGCCUAGACUGAUUUUUAAAAAGAAAAAUAUUUUUCAAUCUUAAUGAACAAAUCAAUGUCUUUGCCAUUGUUAAGACAACUUCGUUAUUUAACAUGGUGAUGCUUAGUAAUAGACAGGCCCUAUUGUGACACAAUUUUCAUACAUUCUUAUGAUUUAUGCACUUUAAGCAACACAAAUUUAUUUCCAAUAAAUGGAUUAAAAACAAUUUUAUUUGCUUUACUC